AUGUAUGUUACAAGGCUUUUGUCGGAAUACCAGAAAAAACCAUCGGAGCUGAAACUGCCUCCACCGGAAGGUCCAAACUCCGGUGUAAUGGUGAUUCAAGACCAAGAAUCAGAGCCCACUUGCUGCUUCGGUUCUUGCUACGAGGGUAGACUAAAAGGCUUGCCGUUUCCACAAAACGUGAAGCUCACGGCAACGUAUGGCAGCGGAGGACAAAACAACACAUCAGAAUCUACAGCAGUUGUGUUCAUCCCUGUUCUUGAUCAGCCAUUGUCUUCAAACCGUUACUACGUUAUACAAAGGCGUGGGAAGCAUACUGGGAAAGCAUCUGCAAGUGCAAAAGAGGAAGAUAGAGUUUCAAGCUGCUUUUGCUUUACUUAUGUUCCUGACGCUAAGCCACAACAGCUAGCUGAUCCUUAUGACAUAUACCAACAAUUCGAGAUCCAUCAACACCAAUCAUAUUCUAGUUUUUACUAUGCCACUUCUGUUGCUACGAAUGGGGUUCCACCAAGUUACCUUAAGAGAAAAGGUUGGUCGGUCGGCUACUCGACUUCUCAAGACUUUGGUCUAAGAGAUGAUGCAAAAGGGGUUAACAUAAAGCUGCGCUCAGACUCAGAGCUUACUUGUGUAGGUAAGAGUAUUGUGGUAGGGAAAUGGUAUGUUCCUUUCUUAUUUGUGAUGGAAGAAAAUGCUAAAGAUCAGAUGAAGAAGUCGACGUUUUAUAGCAUGACCCUUCAACAAAGAUGGGAAGAGGUUUACUUCUGCGAAAGCGUUAACAAUCAACAUUUCGAGGUUGUGGUUGAUGUUGAAGUAGAAACAGAAGUGGUGAAGCUUGAGGGACAAGUAACUCAUUUGAGAGAGACAAGCGGUGAUGGGGUGGUUUGGUUCAGUGUCUUAAGAGAUGAGAGACAAGACAAGAAGAUAGGUCUUGGGUCUGUGGUUGUGGAGAGGAUGAAAUGGGAAGAAGAAAGGUUUGGGUGGUUAGACAAAAGCGAACGAUCCAAUAUUAAGAGAUCAGAGAGAUUCGAAGGCGGUUCAUCCCAUUGGAAGAGUUAUCGGUGUUAUGUAUUGGUAGAGAGCUUUGAACUGAAGAGAAUGGAUGGGAGUUUGGUGUUGACAAAUGAGUUUUGGCAUGCUGAUAAGUUAAAGAGCAAGUGGGAUUGA